GCGAGACACACAGAGAUGGCAACGGUUUAGCACUCGUCACCGCACGAUUGUUUAUCCGCUCCUGAUUUCGCACCGAUUCGACACCAUCCCUUGAAUGAAACGUGACACCGCACGGCUAAUUAACCGAAAUGAUUAAAUCCGCGCUUAGGGGAUUGGCGAAAUUUCCUGUUGUACGAGAAAGCGUGUUGGCCGAUGGCCGGUUAGCUCCAGCGUUUGCACGUUUGAGUGCCAUAACCUCGAGGAAUGUUUGCACCACGCAGUUCUACGGCAAAGAGAUUCGAAUGAAGAAUGAAAAAGUGAAGGUCGGCGAUAAAGCAAAAUAUGGAUUAGUCGUGGGAGAAGCUACGCCCGAGACAACCAACAUUAAUCAGCAGGAAUACCUAUUUCCUGAUGCAGACACACCAAAUCGAUUGUUCAAUGGCGUGCCGUUUAAGGAGUUGCAUGUUGUCAAUAUAAAAUCAACUCCUAACAAUACAAUUAUGACUUUCGCAGAUUUUAGUGGCAAAGUAUUAUCGCUACAUUCGGCAGGUAUAGAGGGUUUUAAGAAUGCCAAAAAAGGGACGAACCUUGCUGCUCAACAAGCUGCCAUAACUUUUGGAAAUCGUAUUAUUGAAUACGGUGUGGACACAGUGAGAAUACGAGUACAAGGUAUUGGACCUGGUAGAAUGUCUUCUAUAAAAGGUCUUGAAAUGACAGGAUUGAACAUUAUAUCAAUUACGGAUGAGACUAGAGUAAGUUAUAAUCCACCAAGACCACGAAAACAAAGGAGAUUGUAAUUAUAUUAUAAUUUGUUACUCAUUACAUAAUUUGGAUAUGUAUGAGUAUAUGUUAAUAUACCCUGUUAAAAUCU